AAAGGGAUCAAGCCACACGUAGUUCAUAUUAGAAUAAGUGAGCUAGGCCGUCAUUGGAGGUAGGUCGGCAGGUAGUUGACGAGCCGGCAAAUGUGCGACGAGCUGGAUGAACCGUGGUAGAGAGACUUGGACAAACCGAGUUGUUUGCUGGUGUAGACGAGCUGGGCGACGAGAUAGGUGGACUAUGCAGUCAAUGGACGAACUGCCGCUAGGCGAGGAGGUAGAUGAGUUUUGCAGUCGAGGGAUGAGCUGAUAGCUAGACGAGGAGUUGGUCGAGCUGAGGAAGAGCUUGAAGACGAGCUGAGGAGCUUGAUGACGAGCUGAGGAGCUUGAGGACGAGCCGAGGAGCUUGAAGAGCUUAAAGGCGAUCUGAAGAGCUUGACGAAGAGGAGCGAGCUAACGAGCUUCUUGAGAAGGGCGAGACCCCAAUUCUUGAGAAGGGCGAGACCCCAAAUACAAUCAACAAUGUAUGCUUUUUUCCGUUUCUUGCGUUUUGGGUUUCUUUAUUUCUUAUCUCUAUUGAGACAAGUCUGUUGGCCCUUGAGACCCCAAUUCAUUGGUGUUUCUUAAACCGGAUAUGUAUAACUGUCUAAAACAAAAUUUAAAAUAGCCUAGUAAACCGAUGGUUAUGACUGUUACGGUUUCCGGUUAGUCUUAACCGACUCUUUCAAUUACAAAUCCAAUCUUCUCGUCGUCGUCGUCGUCUCUAUUUCUCUACCACCGUUGAUGUUAGGGUUUCGGCUGUAUUCUCACCGCUGCUGACGGAGACGGCCCGAAUCCGCAAUUUAAUCUUCGAGGUUCGAUUUUAGUGAAGAACAAGAUUCAAUAGUGAUAUGCAGAUCUCAUGUCUCCCAAUUUCGAUUCCUUCGAUCACUCCUCGAACCUCAAUUCCACUCUUACCAUCACUCUCCUCAAAUCCUCGCCGCAUUUUCAACCUCACUUCACUUCAGAGCCCAAAUCACUGUUUCUUCAAAAGAUUACAUAAAUCUCAGACUGGUUUCAGCAAUCCAGUUUUGGCUGCCAUGAGAAGAGAAGAAGAUGUUGAAGUCGAUGAUUCGUUUUAUAUGAGAAAGUGUGUGGAGCUAGCAAAAAGAGCAAUUGGGUGUACAAGUCCUAAUCCUAUGGUAGGUUGUGUCAUUGUCAAAGAUGGUGACAUUGUUGGCCAAGGGUUUCAUCCCAAAGCUGGUCAGCCUCAUGCUGAGGUGUUUGCUCUUAGAGAUGCUGGAGAGUUAGCUGAGAAUGCUACUGCUUAUGUUAGUUUGGAACCAUGUAAUCAUUACGGAAGAACACCGCCGUGUACAGAAGCAUUGAUUAAGGCUAAGGUGAGAAGAGUUGUUAUUGGGAUGGUUGAUCCGAAUCCAAUUGUUUUUUCUUCGGGUAUUAGUCGGUUGAAAGAUGCUGGAAUCGAUGUUACUGUGAGUGUUGAAGAAGAGUUAUGCAAGAAGAUGAAUGAGGGAUUCAUCCAUCGAAUGUUAACAGGGAAGCCUUUUCUCGCCCUCAGGUAUUCUAUGUCUGUCAAUGGUUGUUUGCUAGACAAGAUUGGGCAAGGGGCUUCGGAUAGUGGUGGAUACUACUCGAAGCUAUUGCAGGAAUAUGAUGCGAUAAUACUUUCUUCCUCGUUAUCGGAUGAACUCUCGAGCAUUUCUUCACAAGAAGCUAUUAAUGUUUCGAUCCAACCUAUUCAGAUCAUAGUAGCUAGCAAUGCACAACAGUCUCAUAUCCUUGCUUCUUCCCACACUGUGGAAGAAUCGGGUCCAAAAGUUGUAGUUUUCACCGCAAAGGAAUCGGUUGCAGAAUCCGGAAUCAGUAGUAGCGGGGUCGAAACCGUAGUAUUGGAAAAGAUAAACUUGGAUUCCAUUUUGGAUUAUUGUUACAACCGUGGACUAUGCAGUGUCUUGUUAGAUUUGAGGGGGAACGUCAAAGACCUUGAAGUUCUUCUGAGAGAUGGAUUUGAGCAGAAACUAUUGCAGAAAGUAAUUAUUGAGGUCUUGCCGGAAUGGAGCACAAAAGAUGAGAGACAGAUCGCGUCGAUGAAGUGGUUAGAAUCAAAGCAUGUGAAAGAUUUGCAGUCUAAGCAAUUAGGUGGAAGCGUUUUGCUAGAGGGCUAUUUUUGAUGUUUUCAUGUAUGAAUGAAUACAAGUCAUGAUAUUUACCUUUUUUAAAGCAUAGUAUUAUUAAGGUUUUACAGAUCCUAUUAUUAAUAGAUUGAUAACAGAUUUUUGAGAAAAUGUUGUAUUUUCAAAAGAAAAUAUUUUCACAUGUUGAGAAUCUGAUUCGACC